CUUUACCCAUUCAACUAGUGGAAUUAUUUUUGUGUAUUCAAUAAUUACAUUUGAGAAUGAAGUCCUCGCGGUUGACUGCUAACGCACCUGUGAAAAAGGCUCCACUUCAUAAUAUCUUUUUCUCUUGAAAUUGAAGGGUUUCCGAUCCUUUCUUCGCUGAAGCUGGUGGGCUCACCGAAAACAGAGAGAAGCAAUUCUCGGCUCUGAGUUUCACAGUCAUGGGUUGCUGCUUUAGUGCGAGUAUCAAGUCUGAAAACCCUUCACGCAAGGUUGUGAAUAUAACCCAUGAUAGCAAACAACAAGAUGGUUUGACUGGUGGAAGCAACAAGGUCUCCCAAUUGAAAAUUUUCAAAUACGAUGAGCUAAAAACAGCUACAAGGCACUUUCGUCCGCACAAUAUGGUGGGCGAAGGUGCAUCUGGUAGGGUAUUUAAGGGGUGGCUUGAUGAGCAGACACUUGCACCUGCUAAACCAGGCACUGGGAUAAUCGUUGCUGUCAAGAAAUUUAACCAAGAAGGCUUCGAGGGACACAAGGAAUUGAUGGCACAGAUCAAUCAUCAUCCUAACAUUGUGAAAUUGAUUGGCUACUGCUUAGAGGAUGACCAUCGGUUUUUGGUAUCCGAGUUUUUGACCACAGGCAGCUUGGAAAAUCAUUUAUUUCUUAGGACAUCUUAUGAUGAACCGCUUUCUUGGAGCAACCGUAUGAAAAUUGCCCUUGGUACUGCCAAGGUUCUUGCAUUUCUUCAUAGUGAUGAAGUAAAUGUGAUAUAUCGAGAUUUAAAAGCUUCUCAUAUCUUGCUUGAUUCAAACUUCAAUGCAAAGCUAUCUGAUUUUAGUUUGGCAAGGGGCGGACCAUCGGGUGAUGAGAGCCAUGUCUCUACAAGGGUCAUGGGAACCUUUGGCUUCGCUGCUCCUGAGUAUAUAGCCACAGGUCACCUGACAAAGAAGUGUGAUGUAUACAGUUUUGGGGUUGUUCUGCUUGAAAUUCUGUCAGGCAAACGUGCACUGGACAGAAACAGGCCAGCCGGGGAACAGAAUUUAGUUGAAUGGGCCAAGCCGUACCUUCUGAGCAAACGCCGGAUUUUCAAAGUUAUGGAUGCCCGUAUCGCAGGCCAGUACCUGGCAAGCGAAGCCAUGAAAGUGGCCAAAAUCGCGAUUCAAUGCCUGUCUGUUCAACCCCAGUUCAGACCGACCAUGGCCGAUGUGGUAAGAGCAUUGGAACAGGUUCAGGAUUCCAGUGAUACAGGUAGCUCAAGCAGAAGCAGUGGUAGUGUUCCUGAACAACGUUAAAGAAGUACUAAUGGAUCUUUGAAUGGGGCAGGCACUUCUUUGCCCAGAUAAUCUGAUUCAGUGAUUCCCAUUUUCUGAUUAGGUAAAUUGAUUUGGUUGAACUCAUGCUUCAAUCCUUUUUAGUUUUUAUCGGCUCCAAGAAAUAGAGUUGGCACAUUGUAUAUCAUUUUUAAGAUUAGACGGUUGCUGUUAAGCUUUUUGACGCGUUAUAUGCCAAACUAGAUAUCAUCUUCUUGGUGAGAGAUGGUGUGGGAAAA